UUCCGUGUGAAAAAGACACAAUUAGUUAGUGUAGGUUGACUCAGGCGGGUUGGUUUACUACCACAAUUAUUUUCCCAGAGAGAGCAGCCUCUGGAAAAAGGGCAGAGGCUCAGGCAGUCAGUCUGGUGGAAGAGAAUCUAGAGAAAGAGAAGCUGCGGAUAAGAAAGAGAAGCCAUGGGAAAGGAAGAGCUGAAGGAGAAGAAGAAGGUGACUGAUGAUGCAGCAGCUGAAACUAAUGGGACAGAGAUCAAUGGCAGAGCAAUGGGGGUGGUUGCUUCUGCUGCAGAUGAGCCUAAGCCCAACUACAGAGGAUGGAGAGCCAUGCCCUUCAUCAUCGGUCAGUACAAAUACCCGUAUUCCAUUUCCGGAUCAAAUCUGCCGCAAUCCCAGCUUCUCCCCCGUCUUCUGCUCUCGGCGGAAUGAGACAUUUGAGAAGCUCGGAGCGAUCGGGACAUUAGCGAACCUGUUGAUCUACCUGACCAAGGUGUUCAACCUGAAGAGCAUUACGGCAGCAAACAUCCUUAACAUCUUCAACGGCACCACGAACUUCGCCACCUUGCUUGGAGCCUUCCUCUGCGACACCUACUUCGGCCGCUUCAAGACGCUCGCCUUCUGUACUAUCGCAUCUUACAUGGGGCUGCAAGCAAUACAGUUGACGGCGGCGAUCAAGAGCCUUCAUCCUCCUCACUGUGGAAAUAGCAGCACUUGCGUCGGCCCCACGAAAGGUCAAAUGGCUUUCCUGAUAAUGGGGUUUGGUAUGUUGAUCACUGGAGCUGCCGGUAUUCGACCGUGCAACUUAGCCUUUGGCGCCGAUCAGUUCAAUCCUGAGACGGAGUCAGGAAAGAGAGGGAUCAAUAGCUUCUUCAACUGGUAUUUCUUCACCUUCACUUUCGCACAAAUGGUUUCCCUCACGCUGAUCGUCUACAUCCAGUCAAAUGUGAGCUGGGCCAUUGGGCUGGCUAUCCCUGCCAUCCUCAUGCUUGUAUCAUGUGCAAUCUUCUUCUCGGGUUCGAAGAUUUAUGUCCGUGUGAAAGCCACGGGAAGUCCCAUGACGAGUGUUGUGCAAGUGAUCGUAGCUGCCAUCAGGAAGGCCCGGCUGACACGACACGAGCAAUCGUGGCAAUCUCUUUAUAGUUACAUACCGGCAAAGUCAAUAAACUCGAAACUUCCCUAUACAGAUCAGUUCAGAUUCCUCGAUAAAGCGGCGAUCGUGACCCCACAAGAUCAGAUAAAUGUAGAAGGGUCACCUGUCAACCCGUGGCGGCUGUGCAGCAUGCAACAAGUCGAAGAAGUGAAAUGCCUCAUGAGAGUAAUUCCUAUAUGGGCAUCGGCAAUGAUUUACUACAUAGCAAUAGUUCAGCAAAACACCUACGCAAUCUUCCAGGCGACCCAAGCCAAUAGGCGGCUCGGGACCACAAACUUCAAGAUCCCAGCAGCAUCCUACGUUGUCUUCCUGAUGCUGAGCCUCACAAUUUUCAUACCCAUCUAUGAUCGCGUCCUUGUGCCAUUUCUCCGAAGGCUGACCGGCAAGGAAGGUGGGAUCACGGUUCUCCAGAGGAUGGGGAUUGGGUUAUCCUUAGCUAUACUCACAAUGCUGGUCUCAGGCUUUGUGGAAUCCCGACGGAGACAUAUUGCCCUUACAAGACCGACACUCGGGAUGGAACCGAGAAGGGGCGAGAUCUCUUCCAUGUCGGCGUUGUGGUUGGUCCCGCAGUUCGCACUCGCUGGCUUAACUGAGGCAUUUGCCAAUAUUGGGCAGGUCGAGUUUUACUACAAGCAGUUCCCCGAGAACAUGAGGAGCAUCGCCGGGUCGCUGUACUACUGCGGGAUGGCGGGCGCAAACUACCUGAGCAGCCUCCUGAUAACGAUCGUCCACAACAAGACUGGAAACGGUAAAGGCGGGAAUUGGCUGCAGGAAGAUCUCAACAAGGGCAAGCUGGACUACUACUACUAUCUCAUUGCUGCAAUUGGCAUGGUGAACUUAGGGUACUUCCUGGUGUGUGCUAGGUGGUAUCAGUACAAGGUAACAGCAGAGGUUAAAGAUGACUCCGAGACGGAGCAACCCGGAAAAUGCAUGACUCCAUAGUGAAGUUAGAUCAGGCAGCCAUUAUUGGAUAGCGUUAAAUAGUCAUAGGUUAUGGAACUAUAGAGAUCGACUCUAUAUAACAUAUAUCAAUGCAAGGAGAGUAAUAGAAAUAACAUUUUUCUGCGCUUAUCAA